UUUUAUACGUGUACGUGUGUGUGCAAUUCCAUAUUGCACCGAAAAGCAAAAAAAUUCCGAAGUCAUCGGGUACCACAACGUUACAACGUCUCAAGGCCAAGGCUGCAGGUGGUAGCGUAAAACGCAGUCGAACAAGCAACGCAGCGGCUGGGACGACAGUAACACCUAGUAAUAGGGGAAGUAGUGGGAUUGGAGGAAGUGCCCGUGCAGCGGGUGGUCGUAAAUUUACUGCAAACAGUAUAACUCAAUUGCAACGAAGUGGCGGCGGUGCUGGUCAGUGGUCAGCAGGGACGGCGGCGACGACGGCUGGAGCGGGUGCUAGCACCGGAGUCAGUUCCUUUACAUCGGCAUCCGAUUCAUCUUUGCUGGCUGAAAGAGAAUCGGCAUAUUUGCACGGUUUUCAAUCACCAAACUAUAACACCACCAAAUCAUAUCAGCAACAACAAAACCAGUCCACUUACAACAAUUCCCUCUAUAACACCAAUAAUAACGCCAGUGCCAAUUAUUCAAAUCACUCAAAUUACGCAAAUACAUCAUUGUCAUCUCCACACACAACGACAACGCCUCAUAACAAGCUCCCAACCGCAGCUGUUGGUUCAACGGCGAUGAUGAUGACCAAACAUAAAAGCUCGCUCGCAGAGCGCCUUAACAUUGGAGACGAGGUGCGCGAUUUAAAGCUUGGCUGCACAUACAAUCCAAAAAAUACAACGACGGCCUUUCACACUAUUAAAUAUGACUUCAAGCCAGCAAGUGUGGACAAAAGUAAAGUAGCUUUAGUGGACGUCGGCUCCAAUAAUCAAGUUACCGUUACCGUGCCAAAUUUAGUAAGCUCCGGUGUGCCUCAUACAGUUUAUAAGGGAAACCAUAGAAAAUACACAAAAGAAUGUUUGUUGAUUUACGAUCGAAAAACCGGUGGUAUUACGUUCGAGAAGUUAAAUCAUAAUAUUCAAGUAAAAAAGACGAGGAGUGAGAUGACAAACAAACCAAGUGCGAUAGCUGCUAGCGCGAAUGUAGCACCGCAGCAAAAACUAGAGAAUAGUACGAUGCGCAUCACAUCGAAGACGAAAGUGUCGACAGGGAGUCGUCGUAAUAAUAUAAUUGAUUUUAAGCCAAGAAACUCGCCAUCCGCAUCAGCGUCCCCGUCUGCACCGCCAUCCAUACACAAAAGUCCACAAUCAGCACCGGCCUGGAAUGCGAAUAAUACGCAAGCCACGCUGCCCAGCAUUCCAAUGAUCUUCGAUGACGACGAUGAUGGCAUGUUUGGACUGACCGCCGCCGCCACCGGCAAUAGUCAAACGCACAGUGGCAGUGGCAGUGAUGCGGCAAAUAUGUCUUCAUCGUCCUCCGCGUCGAGUCAUAACAAUUCAGGGCACGAUUAUCACAUGCAAACGCAGCAGCAGCAUCAGCUGCAACAGCAAACGGCGCCGACUAAACAGUCUAAGCAAUCGCAUCGCAACAAUCAGAAACGACAAAACAAUUUGAACGCAGCGACGACGACGUCGGCCACGAAUGCGGCGGCAAUAACACAGAGUCAUGGCAAACAGACGAAGCACAACCGCAUGGAGCAACGAACUUCCUCGCCACAAACUUUUGCACAGCAGCAGCAGCAGCAAAGGCAGCAACAGCACAAUCUCUACCAACAGCCACAACAGCAAUCCAACAACAAUCGCAUGUACCCGACAAACUCAUCGUCCUCAAUGCAAAUGUCUAACGGUGCUACUGGUGGCUAUCACAGUAGCAACAAUAUGUCCAUGGGCAAUCAAAUGUUGCAACAUAAUCAGACACAACAACAACAACACAAUAUGCCAGGCAUGUCAUCGCCGCAUGACAGCGAUGCAGCCAUGGCAAGUGCGGCGGCGCAGCUUGAACAGCAAAUACGCGGUCUUAGCUCAUCCAGUUCGAGUUCCAGCUCGGAUUCGAGCGGCAGUGAUUGUGCCAGCGACUCCGACGACAGCAGUGAUGAAGAGGAUCAACAACAACAACAACAACAGGCGCAACAUCAAAUGCAUCAAUUGCCCAAUUUGAUGUCAGCGUUGCCACCAAUGUCUACAGCUGCGCCACAAUACAAUCGCAAUACGCCUUCGUCUGGCUAUGCGUCUAAUAAUAGCCACACCAACAAUGGUGCAUUUACAAGUGAUUUGCUGCAAAACGAUCUGCAAUUAUCCUCGAACUCUUCGGAUGAAGAUGAUUAAUAGAAUAUAUUUAUAUAGAAUUACACACGCGCUACAUUAAAAAAAGUAUAUGAAAGAAUAUAAAAACAACUACAACAUACGGUUACAUGCACAUAGGAAUAUUUGUUUGCUAUAUAUACAAUUUUUUUUUUCUUGAAUAUAAUGUGCGUAUGUUUUUUAAGCGUAUUGCUUAAGCUAUGGAUUAUACUUUAGGCAACUAAUUUUGUGUAGGAGUUUCUUUUUUAAAUUAAUAAUAAUAUUAUAUAUAUUUAUAAAUUGAAUUUCAAGUUUGCAUAACGCUUGCAAAACUGAGCAUACAUACUCUUUUUUAAUGUAUAUGAAAUUAAAAUGCUGAAUUUAUUUGCAAUUGUAAUAUAAACAGCAACAACAAAACGCAGUGCGAACGAAGCUAGGGUGGAAGUGAGUGAGGAAGUUAAUUUAAUAAUAGUAAAAUUUAAAAGCAAACCUUAGCAAGGCAACACUGCUCACUAAAUGCAUGUAUGUAGUAGGUCAAGAAAUCUAUAAAGCGCAAAUAAGUUCCAAGUGAGGCAUAGCAAGUUGAAGGCGCACUUUUGUAGAAAGCAGUGCUUCAAGUGGAAAUUAUUUAAAAAUUGCAAAUAAAACAGUGUAGUUGCAAGUAACAACAACAACAUAGUAAAAUAACGAAAAAAUGCCAAUUUGUACAUAAAACUAAAUAAUUUUCGGUCAUUUAAUUUAAUACAAAAUAAGUUUAGUUCCACAAAUGAUGAUGUUUUGUGUGCCACGUGAAUUAUAGAAAUAGUGAAGUUUAUGCGCAUAAGUCCAAAAUAGUAAAAGUAGCGGAAAACUUACGGCAAAUAUGCAAUCAGCAACGGUGCAGGAUUAAGAGAUUUAUAAAAAUAAAAACAAAACGAAAACUAAUUUGCCUAAUUUAGUAGCAUUUAAGCAAACAUACAUACAUAAAAAACAUUUUCAAUGAAAUGUUAUACAUAUUUACAUAAAUCAAAAAUCAAAUGAAAUAUGAAGAAAAACCAAUGAAGAGAGAGAUUUUUCAAAAUUGCGCAAUUUAUUUAUUUAUUAGUGCUUUUGCUUAUUGGCGCUCUGGAUUGUUUGCUAUACAAAUGUGACAGAGUGUUAAACGGGAUAAAGUUGACUUAAGUGCGGUUAGUAAAAUUUACUUUUUGCAAUUUUUGUUUUUAACAAUUAUUAUUUCACUGAGAAUAGUAUAAAAAAUUGUGCGAAAAUUGUUCACAAUUUAAUGCAAUAUACAUAUACAUAAAUAUGGCCGUUUUUAAUUUUUAGCAUAAAGCAAUAGUUUACUAAGUGCUGUGUGUUUCUUACAUUUAUAUAAUUUUUAGACUUGUUUCUCUAACUAGAUUCCCGCAAGUUUUCUUAAAUGAAAUAUUGAAUUUUCGAAAUUUAAUUAUAGUAUAAAUCUAUAAGUAGUACAAAAACUUGUUUACACAUAUAUUGAAUUUCUUUGUAGUUAUUUGCGAAAUUGUGGUUUGUUUUAUUUAUUUAUUUAAUUAAAUUAUGUUUUAUAAAUAUACUCACUAGAAAAUGUUGUAUAAGUGAGAGGCAUUUGGCCAUGUAGCAGCGGUUUUAUUAAUAAAUUUCUGUUAAAAUUGCAAAAAUUAAUAUUGAA